AUGGAUGCUGAGACUACCGUAGAAUCGUUAUUACGAGAAAUUGACAUCGAGGUUAAUAACAGCAUAAGAGAAAGCAAGAGUGAGAGACAUUUGAAGAAAAUUUUGGAUGAUAAUAUAAGUGACACAACUCAUAACGACAACGUACUGUCAUCCCCUUUCAAAGCUACUUUGCAACCAUUAGAGACUGACUUACUGUUGCCCCCAUCAAGAAAACUUGCUUCCACUAUUGAAAAUUUAUCAGGUUCUACCGUUACUCAUCGUAUAACCAAAAAUUCAAGCCCCAGUGCAAUGAAAUUACAAGCAAGGAUCGACCGUACUCCAGGUACAGAAUGUGAUGCGGAUAUCAUGGAUUCUGCAAGACCCUUACUGCCACAUUCAAAAUCUGACACUUUUCUAUCAUCUCCCGUACAUUUCUCAAUGGAUGAGGAAAGUUUUGCUAGCGAUGACAAUUAUUCUCCACAGAUUAAACAUUCACCUUCUAAGAUACCUUUGACAAGUAAGAUUAUCAUUAAUAAUUUUAUGAAGAAUGACGUACCCCCAACUAGGGCAUCUUCUGGAUCCUCUGUUGGUGACGAAAAAAUAACCUCUUUAUCUGUGACUUUACCAAAUGAUCAUGUUUAUAAUUUAGAGAAAAUCCCAAGUAUACCAGACACACCAGAACUUGGAGUCUUCGUACAACCAAAUCUCAACAAAACUGAGUCUCUCAGAUUUGUCAGUGUUUCUACGUUUGAAAAAGAUCGUGAAGAACAUCAAAGCACGAAAGAAGCAUCCCCAUAUUGUGAGGAGAAUGAACAAGAAUCCGAUAUUAGAGAUCUAAGUAUUGCUUUGGAACCGAAUAGCACAAUUGCAGAAGCCAGUACAGCGGAAGAUCUCAAAUUGUUAUCCGCAGAGCUCUCAAAUGGUCAAGUUGAUGGAGAGAAUGGUUCAGUGAUAAUUAGUCCUUUUGAAACUGGAUUGACGGAAGAAGAUUCAACUACUGACGACCUUCAAACCCAGAUUGAUAAUGCUCCCAUCUUGGAAAGCAAAGAAAAAUUUGCUUACUCACUUGAAGGAGAAGGAUUCGAAACAGAAGUAAAACCAGAAAACAAUGCUCCUGAUACAGCAGCUGUUGAUGAAGAUACAAAAGAUGGGACAAGUAAGCUACCUGAAAUUGAAAAAGGAAAAAAUACUGAAGGUAAGACGCCUGCUAUGGGAUUAGGUUUGGUAAGUAUUGGAUGUCCAGAAAACAACAAUGCAAUAAACCAAAACAUAGCAGAAGAAAUAGUAGAAAAUAAGGUCGUUUUGGAAGCUGAUUCGCAUGAAACUCUUUCUUUUAAGAGUUUGGUUCCUGUAAAUACAGAGCUUGAUGCCACUUCAGUUAAAGAAACAGACGUGGGAUCACCUAACGACUCCAUUGAUGAACUUGUUGAUUUUACACCAGUAUUACCGCAAUUACCUGUAUUAGAUCCGCUGUUUUUGGAUGAUCCAUUAAACCAUGAUCCAGAUAGUUCACUUGAUUCAAUCGACGCUAGAAGACAGAUUUCUCCAACUGACUAUUUAUCUGUUUGGCAUUUACAGGAUUCAGUCAUACCUGCACCAGAAACGACAAUAAAGCAGGCUCCACGGCCCGAUUCGCCAAUGAUGCAACAUUCCUACAGAUUUAAACCGAAGUUGGUUCAUAGUAGUAAGAUACGUUACUCUGAGACAUUAUCGAGAGAAUCGCAGGUGAGGAAUCACGAUUAUGAUGAUAAUGUAUCCCUUGGUGAGGAGUUCAGUAAAGUAAUGGAAAAUAUGUUAGGCGAUAAUGCAUCAUCACUACUAACAUCGGUGGAAACUACUUCUUUAAGGCCAAAUUAUUUAAAUAUUUGGACUGAUGAAGAGACUCAAAUGAGGGAAAAAUAUACAAAAGUUGAUGUCAGUGAGAUCUUAAUAGAGGAGGGGAAGCUUACAAAUUUGAAAUCAUCAAGUAAUGAUGUGGUUGUAGGUAAAGCAGAUAGUAUCAAGAGUUAUGAAGUUGAUAUGGAAUCGAUUGAAAGUAACUCUGAGGGACUUAGAACUUCAGGUCAUAUUGAAAGCCCCUUCAAAUUUAUUAGGAAGAAGGAAUACCAAGAGCCUGAAUUAAACAAUUCAGCUAACCUAUUUUCCAAACCUUUAAAAGGUAAACCUAGGGAGGAAAAGAAAUUGGAGGACAACGUUAUUGAGAAACUGGUUGAAGAAGUAGCGGUCGUUGAAGAUAAAGAAGCUUUGGUAGAGGAGGAACUUAAGGACUAUGGUAUCCUGUACUUGAAACUUGAAAAGAUGAAAAUUAAUUUAAGUGGAAUUUCAAAUCAUCAAGCAAAAUUCUGCCUGGAGAUUGACAAUGGGAUAAAUGUAGCACGUAGUCCCUGGAAAAAAUUAGAUGAUGAUGAUUAUUUCAUUAUCGAUAGAGAGUUAGAAAUUCCAACAUUGAAUUUAAAACAAACGAUCUAUGUCACGUUAAAAUGUCAAUAUAAGAAGGCAGAAACUGAAUUAGUUGAAGUUGUCAAGAAAAUAAGUGUUGGCAAAAAAUACAAUUUUAUUGGUAAGAAUAAAUAUGCUUACGAAAAGAGGUAUGUUCAAAGGCCAGUGACUUUUGAUGAAUGGGAUUACAUGUUUGCAGAAGAUGGAUCGUUUGGAUAUUGUGAAAUUAAAUUAGAUAAAGAAUUUUUGAAACAAAAUAAAUUUAAUGGUAGUUUUGAUAAGAUAUCGGCUGAAGUUAAGAAUAGAUGGGCUAGGAUACCUAAUAAUAAAGACUCCAAGGUAAAGAAUUUUGAGUUACCACGUCGAAAAGAAUAUAAAAUUGGCACAAUAGAAUUUAAUGGCUGUUACAUUGAAAGAAGUUCGAACUUAGAGGUUUUCCCUAAGAAUCGUGAAUUGGUGAAUGAUAUGGUUAAAAAAUUGCAGGAACAAGAAAAGAUACGAAGAGAAGGGUAUUUACAACAAGAAGGCGGCGAUUUAGAGGGUGUUAUAAAGAAGAGGUUUUUCAAAUUGAAUGGGACAUCGAUGGUCGGAUUUCAUGAAAAUAGUGGUAAAGCGCAGAUAACGAUAAAUCUAUUAAAAGUUUGCAAAGUGAUUAGUAGUAGUGAUGUUGUUAGGGGGAAAGAAGUAAGAAACUUGACUGAUUUGGUUUUAGUUGGUGAAAGCUUUGAAUUAGUUUUCAACAAUGGUGAUAAGAUAAUAUUGAAUUCCGAUAUAUCGACGAGGGACACUAUAGAAUGGUAUAAUACCAUUAAAAGGGUUGUUGAAUUGAACUCUGUUCAUCAACCUUGGGUUAAAAAGAUGAGUAAAUUUAGUAUAAGGACAUAA